AUGCUCGCUCCCUCAGCGAGGAAUUCCACCUCUUCCACGUCGUCCAGCUUUGCGACGUCGAGCUUCACACCGGUAACGAGACAGAACACCAUUGGUUCGGAUGGACCGAGAUCGGUCAGGGCGUCAAAGAGGUACAGCGUUACUGCGCUGUACCUGUCCAUGUCUGCGCAUGAUAAGGACAUUGAGAUUGAGGAUGAACUUGCGAAAGUUCAGAAAACGCUUCGCGACCUCAAAGCGAAAAUAUCAUCGCAGUCAAAAAAGAACUUCGUGUUGGAGAAGGAUGUGAGGUAUUUAGAUUCACGGAUAGCUCUGCUUAUCCAAAAUAGGAUGGCUUUGGAAGAGCAAAAUGAGGUAGCAAGCCAUUUUGAUGAAUCGUCAGAAUUACAAGAGGGUACGUUCCCGAACGAUCAAAAGACCCAGCAGUAUGGAAAUUUAUUUUUCCUGCUUCAAUCUGAGCCCCGGCACAUUGCAUCGCUCUGCCGCCUGGUCAGCAUGUCUGAGAUCGAUUCACUUCUGCAGACUGUCAUGUUUACCAUCUACGGAAACCAAUAUGAGAGCCGUGAAGAGCAUCUGCUGCUUACCAUGUUCCAGUCCGUAUUAUCGGCUCAAUUCGAUACUACCCCGGAAUACUCGUCCUUGCUCCGUGCGAACACCCCAGUAUCCCGUAUGAUGACAACUUACACUCGUCGUGGUCCCGGACAGAGCUAUCUUAAAGUUGUAUUGGCCAAGCAGAUCAACAACCUGAUUGAAUUGAAGGAGCUUAAUCUGGAAAUUAACCCAUUGAAGGUGUAUGAGCGGAUGGUUAAGAAUGUCGAAGAGGAUACCGGAACUUUGCCGGCAAAUAUGCCAAGAAGUGUAUCAGCGGAAGAAGCCGCGGCAAACCCGCAGGUGCAGGCGAUCAUUGAGCCACGUUUGACAAUGUUGAUGGAGCUUGCAAAUACCUUCUUGGCUACCAUCAUUGACAAUAUCAAUGAGACCCCAUAUGGUAUCAGAUGGAUCUGUAAACAGAUUCGUAGUUUGACAAGGAGAAAAUACCCGGAUGCAAAGGACCAGGUUGUUUGUACUUUGAUUGGAGGCUUCUUCUUCCUGAGGUUCCUAAACCCAGCAAUUGUCACGCCGCGUUCAUACAUGCUCAUCGAUAACGUUCCAUCUGAACACCCACGAAGAACUUUGACUUUGAUUGCAAAGAUGCUGCAGAAUUUGGCCAAUAAGCCCUCAUACUCAAAGGAGCCGUACAUGGCAAAGCUCUCGCCAUUUGUAUCAAAUAAUAAGGUCCGGAUCAACAAGUUUUUGAAUGAUCUGUGUGAGGUUGGAGACUUUUACGAGUCAUUGGAGAUGGACAAUUAUGUUGCGUUGUCUAAGAAGGAUUUGGAGUUGAAUAUUACUUUGAAUGAGGUUUACGCUACUCAUUCAUUACUUGAGAAACAUUAUAAGGAAUUGGGUCGCGACACUGAACAUCUUUCAAUUAUCCUAGAGGAGCUAGGUUCCGCGCCACCGCAACUGCCACGGAAGGAAAAUAGGGCCAUCAACUUGCCACUUUUCAGCCGAUGGGAGAGUGCCAUUGAUGACAUUUCGGCAGCACUGGAUAUAACCCAAGAGGAUGUGUACUUUAUGGAGGCAAAAUCAAUAUUUGUACAGCUUUUACGAACACUGCCGCCAAUGUCACCUGCGGUUCGCAGGCCGCUCAACCUUAGGAAGAUAGCAGAUACUGCGGCGACAAUGAAGGAUAUGGGAAUGUUCCGCAAGGGAAUGAGGGGAUUGGAAUUGUUGAACCAAUUAAAGGACUUGGGCGUCAUUACCGAUCUCGACAACUACCAAAUUCUACAAGAGGAAGUUGAACAAGAGCUUGUUCAUUUGGGAUCAUUAAAAGAGAAGGUUAUGGAGGAAUCAAAGAAGCUAGACGAGGUCUAUAAGACGAUUCGGGAUCAUAACGCGUACCUAGUCAGCCAGCUGGAGACUUACAAGUCGUAUUUGCAUAACGUACGCAGUCAGUCGGAAGGGAAACAGAGGAGCAAACAACAGAAGCAGCAUGUCCUCGGGCCAUACAAGUUUACACAUCAACAGCUGGAGAAGGAGGGCGUUAUUCAGAAGAGUAACGUGCCUGAUAAUCGUCGUGCGAAUAUAUUUUUCACGAUAACUUCGCCUUCGCCAGGAACUUUCGUCAUUUCUUUGCACUAUAAAGGCCGGAACCGAGGACUCUUGGAGCUUGAUCUCAAGCUGGACGAUCUCCUGGAAAUGCAACAGAACAACCAUGAUGAACUGGAUCUUGAAUACGUUCAGUUCAAUGUGCCAAAAGUCUUGGCCUUACUCAACAAGAGAUUUGCAAGGAAGAAGAACUGGUAG